AUGGACGAUUGUGUAAACAAUACAGGGGAUAAUUUCUACGGAGUUUACCUUCUAUAUUGUCUAAAUCCUCGAUAUAAGGGACGCACCUACAUUGGAUUUACCGUUGAUCCCAAUCGCCGAAUCAAACAGCAUAAUGGUGGUGUACAGAAAGGAGGUGCCUUUAGGACCAGUGGAAGAGGACCGUGGUACGUUGUAACUUACAUCAAACAAUUAUCGAUUUACUGUAGGAAGCUAUUCUUAAGCUUCUUUAAACUUUAAACUUCAAUUUUUCGUCAGAGGGUUACGUUAGCAGGGAAAUAUAUACUCAGCAUGGUUAAUUUUUGAACUGAUUUCAAUUUCUCUUUGUAUCUCUCCUUUGAAUUUCAAUGACCGGAGCGCGGAGCUAGGAGUACAGAUUUUUCUAUAAAAGCCUUACUACACAUGUAUUUACUACUUGCAGGGAGAUGAUUUUGAUAGUCCAUGGAUUUCCUAGUGAUAUAAUUGCUCUACAGGUAACAAUUUAAUUUAAAUGUCUUUGCAAAUGUUGUGGUCCAAUUUCAUCUUGGUUCGAAUUGACCACUCUAGAGAAUACCAUAACGUACCAUUUCAAAGUAGACAGACUGCAAAUUAUAUUAGUUGCUAAAAAAUAUAUAUCUACGUGUCGCAAUGCUCUCUGUUUGUUUUACAUAAGCAUUGUUUUCACAGGGGCGGAUCUAGGGGGAGGGUGCAGGGGGUGUGCACCUCCCCUCCCUGAGAUGACUUGCGGUUUUCUAAUACAACUGGUAUUCUGCAACAAAAAAAACUAUGUGGUUUAUUGGUGUUGAAGUAGAGCAAGAGACGAGUGCGCCCCCUCCUAAAAAAGAUCCUGGAUCCGCCCCUGUUUCAGUUUCUCCUGGGACCAUUUCAUCUUCCAAGAGAAACUGAAGACAAUGCUUAUGCAAAAUUUUGGGGUGACAAACAAAGAGCAUUAUGUUAUUGUACUUUCUGGAGUGGUCAAUUUUGCCUUCUUAUAUCUUGAACUCGACGUUAUCAUACAUUACCAUAACCCCUAAAGUUAAAAUUUGAACCAUGGAUAUCACUGAACCAUAAUACAUAUUGCAGCAAUUUAUUAUUACUUUUUUUCCAGUUUGAAUGGGCAUGGCAAAACCCCACAAAAUCUAGACGUCUCCAUCAUGUUUUCAAUAAAAAGACCAAAGAGUCUUGUGUUGCCUAUCGCUUCAGAGUCCUAUCUGCAAUGCUUAAUGUUGGGCCAUGGAAUCGUCUACCUCUUACAAUAAGAUGGCUGAAAGUUCUUAUGGUUUACCUCAAACUACAACUUGUCGUUGGAGGCUGGGUGUACGGAUAUCAUAUACCUGAGGAAAAUAAAAAAAAACCUAAGAAGAGAAACCAAGAGGAAUGUGAGGAGUCAAAAGAUGUUUGCAACUACAAAUGCAUAGAAUGUUCUAAAAGGAUUAAGGUACAGCCAGUUUUUUAAAAGCACCAAUAUUUUUUUGAGGCAGGUGAGAAGCAGUUGGGAAGAGAAAGGAGUUGAGUAUAAUGUGGCUAAAUGAAAUGUUUUCCUUUUUGAUAGUGUACAGAAGUACCUAUGAUUCUUUGUUAUUAAAGUGUUGAUAUGGAUGCAUACUGUUUUUAGUACUGGUUAGGUAUUAUUUUAGGUAACAACUUAUUUAGUGACUGCUUAUAUAUUUACAAAAUAUUAUUCAGUCUAGUGAAUGAAGUUGCAUUCAACAAGGAGUGCAUGUCUUUCACCACCUGACUAUGCUCUCAGAUUUUAAGAUAGUUGAACCAGUUUCUGUUUUCUUGCAGGAUGCAGAUGAAUGCCUCUCUUGUCUUUCAGAAAGUUGUCCAAUGAAAGGUCAUAUAAUUUGCCUGGCUAAAAGGUUCCUCUUCGAUAGUGGGGAAGGUUCAUUCUUGAUACCAGUAGAAGGAGACUGCCCGUUGUGUUAUUGCACAUUCUUAUGGCGUGAUUGGUUGAAAUAUCAGAAUCAGACGGAGAUGUCCGAUUUAAAUUCAGACAGUCCCCACUGGGCAGAGGCUCUUAGGGGAUAA